AUGGAAAAUAAAACGUACUUCUACAAAAUUAUGAUUUCUCCUUCAAGUCAAACAAACAAACUAAGAAUACCCGAAGAAUAUGUGAAUAAAAAUGGACAACAAUUUGCGUUUGAUCAUGUGAGGCUAAGAGUUGGCAAAGAUGGUAGGGUUUGGAGAGUGGAGGUUUAUAAGGAAAAUGAUCAAAUUUGGCUAACACAAGGUUGGGAAAGGGUAGUGAUGAACUACUCAAUCAAACGCGGCGAUUUUCUCUUGUUCAAGUAUGAUGAACGCGAUUCUAUGUUUCAACUCAAAAUUUUUGACACGACCGGUUUUGAAAUCGAGUAUGAUCAUCAACAAGUGGAACAAAUUUCGUCGGCAUCCGAAGAGGAAGAGAUGGAUCUAGAUGAUGAUGAUGACGACGACCUUUCUUUUUCAGAGGAUGAUGAUGUUGCAGUACACGAGCCCAUGGAUCCGACAGAUGUUAAAAGUAGGCUCGAUGCUUACAAAACUAAAAAGCCUCAUUUCAAAGUUAUUAUGCGACCUAGUUAUGUCUCUAAUGGAUUUCGAUAUAGGAUUCCGGCGAAGUUUGUGAAGAAAUAUGGAGAAGAAUUAUCUGAUGAAAUAUACCUAAACGUACCAAAUUCUGAACAACCAUGGAAAGUGGAAUUACAUAAAGAAAACAAUGUUAUGUCCUUAGGGAAAGGUUGGCAAGUUUUCAUGGAGUUCUAUGCCUUAGAAUAUGGGCAUUUCUUAGCAUUCAGAUUUGACGGGGGUUUACAAUCACAUUUCCAUGUCCUUAUAUUCGAUAACCGUGAUUAUGAUAAUGAAGCUGUUAAAUCCUAA